AAUGCUAGGCAUCUCAGCCGGACGUUUUAGAGUGCAACAGAAACAACCCGUUUCCAUUGCUAAAUUGCUCGAGGAAUCUUCAAGCUCCGAACAGGUUGAAUCCUGGUACGCAUUGAUUAUCAGAUGUGUCCGGCUGACAUUGUUAGCGCAGAAGAACCAGCCUCUUUCUGUUGCAAAAUUGCCGCAUAAAUUUUCAGCUCCCAAACAGCUUGAAUCCUUAUACGGGGUGAUGAUCAAAGUUGGCUUAACCAAAGACUGCUUCCUGAUGAACCGAUUCAUCUCUGCGUCUGCUGUUCACGAUACUGAUUUCGCCAUCCGCGCCUUUUCUCAAACGGGGAAUCGCAAUGUGUUCGUUUACACGUCAUUAAUGCGAGCAUUUGUUCAUUGGAAUCGGCCACUUAGGGCUAUGGAGUUGUAUGCUGAGAUGUUGACAGCUCAAAUUAGGCCAAACAGCUAUGCCUUCUCGUCGAUUGUUAAAAGUUGCAGUUUACUUGGUGCUUUUAAAACUGGAGAAACGGUUCAUGGGCAGGUUUGGAAACAUGGGUUCGGAUCACAUGUUCAUGUUUUGACUUGUUUGGUGGAUUUCUAUUCCAAUCUUGGCAAAGUGAUUGAAUCCAGAUUAGUGUUUGAUGAAAUUCCUGAAAGAGAAAGAGACAGUGUUUCUUGGAUUGCAAUGGUUUCAGCCCUUGUCCGUGAGGGGGAUUUGGGUUCUGCAAGGGAGGUAUUUGAUAAAAUGCCAGAGAGAAUUACUGCUUCUUGGAAUACCAUGAUUCACGGUUACGCUAGUGUUGGGGAUGUGGAGUCUGCUGAGCUGUUUUUCAAUCAGAUGCCAGAGAGGGAUCUAAUUUCAUGGACUACAAUGAUCAAGUGUUAUAGUCAGAACAAGCGGUACAGGGAUGCUUUAGAAGUUUUUGGAGACAUGAAAAAUAAUGGGAUUACACCUGAUGAAGUGACAAUGACGACUAUUAUUUCAGCUUGUGCCCAUAUCGGGGUGCUGGAUUAUGGAAAGGAAAUGCAUCUUUACGUGAUGCAAAACGGGUUUGAUCUUGAUGUCUAUAUUGGGUCUGCGCUGGUUGACAUGUAUGCAAAGUGCGGGAGCUUGGAGAAGUCACUUGUGGUGUUCUUCAAACUGCAUGAGAAGAAUCUUUUUUGUUGGAAUUCUGUGAUUGAUGGGCUUGCAGUUCAUGGCUAUGCAGAGGAAGCAUUGGCAAUGUUUAGCACGAUGGAGAAAGAAAAGAUCAGGCCCAAUGGUGUUACCUUUGUAAGCGUUCUUGCAGCUUGUUCUCAUGCAGGAUUGGUUGAAGAGGGUCGAAGGAGGUUCUUGGACAUGAUCCAUCGCUAUGAAAUUCUGCCUGAAAUGAAACACUACGGUUGCAUGGUGGAUCUAUUAUGCAAGGCUGGUUUGCUGGAGGAGACAUUAGAAGUAAUAAAACGAAUGAGAGUAGAGCCAAAUGCCGUUGUUUGGGGGGCUUUACUGGGUGGUUGUAGACUUCAUAAGAACUUGGACAUUGCCCAAGUUGCCCUAGACAAUUUAGCUAUCUUAGAACCAAAUAAUACUGGAUAUUACACCCUUUUACUUAAUAUGUAUGCUGAAGCAAAUAGAUGGAGUGAAGUAUCAAGGAUCAGGGCAACUUUGAAAACAUCUGGUGUUGAAAAGGAGUGCCCGGGAUCUAGUUGGAUUGAAUUGGAAAAGGCGAUCCACCAAUUUUCUGCCUGUGAUAAUUAUCAUCCAGCUUCCCAAGAAAUUUACUCCUUAUUAGAUGGAUUGUUUGGCCAACUUAAGCGAGCUGAAUGUGUACCUGAGGCUGGAUUCAUUUUGUAAUGAAUUACUGACAAUCUCACUGAUGAGGUCAAGCGAUUGUUUGCUGAUAGAGAUAUCAGUUGUGUGAUGAAGAAGCGUGAGUGAUAGCUGAAUUUCCUCAUGACAGUCAAGGAACUAAAAGCGGGAAUUGUUCAUUCAAAGAUGACACUUUACCUGUUAAGAUAUUGAACUGAAGUAUGAAUUUUAUUGGCAACAUUUCACAAUAGCUCUCUAAUUCUGUCAAUCAACAACACAACUGACAGAAGGAUUUUUUUCAAGAUUCCAACAAUUUUACAGGAUGCUGGCUAUUUACCACUCUACAGUUUCUUCUAAUCUCUCCAGGGCGACCCGAUUGCAGAUCACCCAUUUUUAUCAUCCCUUCAACGAAUGCCUUAAAGAAUUUAUUUUGGUCUUUACUAAAUUGCCUCACGUAACCCCUGGUUUGGUGGAAGGUGAAGAGUGUUUGGUCUGAGUUUAGGAAUCCUCUUUGAUGGACCAAGUCCUUAAAGUAUUGGUUGUCAAAUACUACAGUUGUUGCAUCCAAGUCUCCCGUUAUAUUUCCAUCCCCACCACGUGGGCAUUGCUUCUGUAACUUUGCUCUAAACUUUGGAUCCAUGGCUGGGUCAGGCUUGCCCGAACCUGAUUGGUUGUAUAGCCGAAAAACAAUAGAAAAACACCUUCCUUUACCAAUGGAAUGAGAACCUGAAAGUGCCACUAGAUCCUUCACAGAGAGAUUGAAUUUGCUGAAGAGAUCAAUGAGACUAAAGUUCACAGGGGAAGAACACUUACCAGAACAGUAGCAUCUCUUGCAGCCAUGAUUAAGAUGUCAGCACAAGAAACAACACCUGGACAGACUUUCUCGACUGCUUUCUUGGCUUUAUCAAUAACUUCAUAUGACCUCAGUGAAUUUAUAUUGGACAAAGAAAGUUUUUCUCCAAGCAUGUUUGGUGUGUCAUCCAGCAGCAGCGAAGCAUCACAUCCCUACAAAGCAUUUGAAAAGCAUAAAAGAAAAAUGAGGCGCAUGACUGAGGCGGCGCUUCUGGGUUCUCUUGCCAUGCUCUUCUUGAUCACAUUCCUGACAAGAAGUUCUGCCUGUGGGCAAGUUUUGGAGUAGUAACCUGGCCGGAGCUCUUUGGUUGCAGCCAUGGCCAAGUUGAGGAGGAAGAGGAGAAAGGGUGUGGCCCAUACACAGCUUAUUUCCAUGUGGACGGUGAACAUCCUCAUCAUGCUGGGGCACAAGGAGAGCUGAUACCAGAAUCUUUAAGGAUCUGUUGGAAUGCUGGAUUACCCUUAGGCCUUAACAUGUGUUCGGUGAAAGUCUGAAGAGUCAAAUCCAGCAUCCUACCGCCAAGUGCCAAAGAUCAGUGUACAUAUAACUUUACUAGCAGCUAUAACUUAUGAUAACAUGCAUGAAUUUUACUAUCAGCUAUAACUUUUAGCGUAAUGGUAAACGCUCUUACCAACAUCAAGACUCUUCCUCUUAACCAUGUUCCUCUUAAUUGCUUCUGGUGAACAAGUGUCUAAGCAAAUACCUUAGCAUCCUGGUGGGUUUUGUUCUUAAUCAGCUAGUUUGCAAUGUUUUCUAGAUCCCUUGCUUAGCAUCACGAGGGGUAAAUUCGGAAUUAUUUUUUCAGAGAAUUAAACUUAUUUUUAUUUUAAUACAGUUUUGGUUUAUUCAAA